AAUGAUCUGCAGUAAUGCAACAAUUUUUCCAAUUUCCUAUUUUUCACAUCUAUUGUCUGAAAUAUCUUGAUUAUAAAGUGGAAGCGCAGUUGUUUUGUUUUGGAAUUUCAAGAUGGACGCUGAUGGUCGGCGAAGAACAAACAGAAAUGUAGAACAUUUGGAGGUAAGUCAUAUUAUUGUACGUAUUUUGCAUUGUGUCUUCAACAUUAAAACAUUUGUAAUCUUUUUAGCUAACAGAAGAGGAAAGGAAAGUGUUGAGAGAAUGUCGAAUCAACAGCAUGAUCCGAGGUGCGCGUGCAUAUUUUAAUGUUAAGUCCCAGAGGGGGGUCGAGCAUUUGUGGGGUUUGCCCGUCAAAUGCGCACAGGCACGAAAUGUUGGUCAAACCAGUAUGGGAUGUAACUUUUUCGUGCAGCAGACAAGGACGUUUAUCAUUUUUUGUUCGCACUAUUGGUUUGUCAAAUGUACGAGUCAAAUCCAACUGCGAUCAGCCCCAGCAGCCCCCAGGAAUUUGACUUUUGAAAAAAUAAUUGGUCAAAUGCCCGCCCAAGCAGGCAGAAACCACAGUCAAAUGCCCUGCUAUAGGGGUAGUCCUGGUUCUGGAAUUUUGGCCAAAAUUAAACUGAACAAGUAUUUCAAGAUUAAAAAGAACGAAAAAUAGGACAGACUGUUCUUUUUGUUCAAUCGGCAUAUUGUAUCAUAUAUCUUGAAUUGAUAUUUGUGAUUCAGAAGCAAUAUUUAAACUAUCGAAAAGACGUAAAAUAGAAAACUCCUGAACGCUAGAGUGUACACAUUUUUAGGGAAAACCGCUGAGCAAGUUGUUGUCAAGUGGUCAAAUGCCCGACAGGGCCGUCAAAUGCCCGACCGGGCCGUCAAAUUCCUGCCUAUACGGAGGUAAUGUUAAGUCAAAUGCCCUGGGGUUGCCCGGGGGGGGGGCUGAUCGCGGUUGGAUUUGACUCGUACAUAACUGGUCAAAUAUUUGUGCACCACCGAAUUUUUCACUACCCCAAAUCUCUUGCUGAUUGCCAAAGGCAUGAGACAAGCUCCGAAUGUUCAAGAUACCUGUGUGUGUGUGUGUGUGUGUGUGUGUGGGGGGGGGGGCAUGCACUAAAAAAGUACAGUUUUACCAUACAUCUUUAAUUUACGGGCGGUUAUUGUUUGAUGAAGAAAUGGGAUACAUGCUCAUGUAACAAUGAAAGCAGAAUUUGCGGAACUCAAAGUUUCAAGUAGUCAGCAGUAUUUCAGAGUACUUCAUUUAGUAAAUGCGGUGAUAUCGGAUCCUGGAUCCAUAGAUCAGAAGGAAAUAUAUUGUCCAAAGUGACAAUUGUCUGUUAACAUGGCACGUUAUCAAAAUAUCGAAAUAUUGUCCAACCCUAGCAGAUAGUCUGUUUAACCCAUUGAUCGAGUGCCAGAGCUCUCCCCUUGAAAGGUAAAAUUGUCUGGUGCUCAAUGCAACUUAAUGGGUUCAUAUUAGGCCAGAUUAUUAUAACACACCCAUUUUGAAUUGUCUCCAUUUACAAUCUAGACCAACAAAAAAUUUCAAAAAUAAAUUUGAUGCCGGUAUUUAAUGUGCACAUGCAUGACACAACAUUUUCUCAGCGAUUUUCUGCAUCACUUGAAAGUAUCUUGAAAAUGAUACUACUAUUACCUUAAAGUACUACUAUUACCUUAAAGUACUACUAUUACCUUAAAGUACUACUAUUACCUUAAAGUACUACUAACCCCAAAUGUGAUGGGCAAUAUUUGGGUCAUUUCAAGAAGAAAUGUAAUAUAUCUUUAUGGUAAAAAACCUCAUCUUGAUCAAUUUUUUCACUCUUGUAGUCACUCAUGGAUAUGAUGUCAUUAGGAUUUAGGUGAAUUCAGCAAAAAACAAAGGAGAACUAAAUUUACAAUUCAACAAAUAACAUCAUAUCUGGCAACUUUGACAGUGAAAAUUUGAGCAGGAUGAUUUUUUUUUACUACUGUAGUUAUGAACUAAAUGAACCAAAUAUUGCACAUUACCAAAAAUCAUAUUUGGGGUUACAGUGGCACUUUAACAAUUUAUUCACAGCUCAUCUUGUCCCGAAGUUAUCAGGAAGUUCUCGCUCCCAAGUUAUCAUUUUGUAUUUUUGUGUUAUGACAUUUCUGGUUGUCUUCAAAAUGGCAGCAAAAAAAAAUUUAGUUCGUUUUUAUUUCAAGUAAUUAUUCAAUCACAGGUGUUCCUGCUGGGAUUCUGUCGGCCAUCCUAACCAGUUUUGCUGUCAGAAGUGGUGAGUGCUAUCCAAUUUCAUUGGUGGGGGACUGGUGAAGUGGCAACCCCCCCCCCCCCCCCUCCCAAUAAUUUCAGAAAGACUUUCAACAAUAGCUGAAUGACUUCGUAACAAAGAUUUAAUAUUUUUCAACCAUGAAUGCAUCAGUAGGCUAUGAGUUUAGCGAUAUAUAGAACUAAGACUUUCAGGAACUUGUAGGAGGUGGUUAUAUGUUGUCAAAUAAACAGGAAAAAAUUGAACUUUCCAUUAAGGGGUUUUCAAAUGUAAAAACUGAAGUCUUACCAUUAUUGGUUUUAAUUAGUAUUUACCAUUAAUGGUACUUUGUACAGGAACAUACCUUAAUGGUAUAUAUUAAACAUCUCGUGUUUACCAAUUUAUCAUAUGGGAAUUAGUGUAUAAUAACCAAUGAUGGUAUAAGCUCAGUUUUUACAUUGAUACAUGGAAAAUCUUUAAAAACCAUUCAAAAACCCAUUAAUAGAAAUUUAAGCAAUCCACUCUGCCAAGUCUUCCCUUUUGAGAAGAAGCAAUUUCUUAAGUUCUCCUCCCUCUAUUAGGCUUACCCCCUUCACAACUAAGAAAUGCGUGUUUAUCAUAAUCAUUUGGUAAUGGACAACUUAUGUUGGACUAAAUUUUAAUCUAAGUAAAGAGAAGGGAAUCAAACACCACAGCUAAAAAGAACAUAAUGAAAUUAGUAAAACUGCAAAAUUUGGUUGCGAAAUGUAGUAAAGCUUGGAAAAUAUAGUCAAAGUUUGCAAAUUUUGUAUAGGUUUGUAUUACGUUCGGAAACUUUCGGCUCAAAAAUGGUAACAAUAACGUAAUACAAACAUAUACAAAAUAUGCAAACUUCGCAAGGCUAUAUUUUUUUGUAUUUCACGACAUUUCGUAACCAAAUUUUGCAAUUUUACUUACUAAUCUUAUUAAGUUCUUUGGCUAGAUCAAAAACUUAGUCUAACAUGCAAGUUGUCUAUUGGCCUGGAAGUUUCAUGUAAUAUACCCUUCCGGAAAGUACGUCACGUUGGCGGCCGUGUAUGUGAUAUUAGCUGAAUCCAAAUGUCUCAAUCAUGAGGACGAGGCUCUAUAGUCCAGUUGACGUAUUUUCCGGAAGCGUGAAUUUUAUACUCACGUAGUUUUAGUUAUAUUCAUGGUCGUAUGUUGCUUUUACCAUUAAAUACAAUAACAGACGAUGUAGAGUAACUACCCAACAAUUCAAAAUAUGGGUCGAUCUACCAGCUGAGGUAUUCAUUCAUGUUCUGAAUGAAUGAAUGAAAACUUUAUUUAAUGAGAGUAGACACGUGACAGUAUAGAAUUGCUGAUAAAUUUUUACUAACCUAUUUUCACUUACUGACAUAUUUUCACUGAUGCUAUAUAGGUAGAUUCCCUCAUUUAACUUACUGGUCGCGGUUUUAUUAUGGAGGUAAAUGUGGAAAGUUCCAUCAGUAUUUUGUAGUAUUUUGUCUUUUCCCUACGAACUCUACCCUGGAUCCCACAGGCUUCAGAGAGUUUUCCAGAUAGGGUGAUGCCACUGAUAGUAAAGCGACUUUGGCUCUGAAAACUUAUUUACUCUCAAACCGGUUACAGUCUUGGCCAACAGCUUGUACAGUAGAACGACUGAACGUUUGCACUAUAUAGUUUUCCCCCUAAAUAUAUAUUUUUUGUUAGUUUUUCAUAUGUAUGACAACUCCUGCCCGCACCCGAGCUACGUGGAGUGUAUUUCUAACAUUUGUACCUUCAGUUCAAAAUGAGACCUACAUAAAUUUAACACAUUUGCUUCAAUACACUCUUUCGAUAAUUACGUCACACAAACUUUUCGGUCCUGGAGCCUCGCUCUCAUCAGUAAAUUACGCAACGUGAUCGACUCCGAUUCAUGAGAGCGAGGCUCCCAGGCCAAAUGACGUAAUUAUCGAAAGGGUGUAUUGCACAGCCAGACGGUCCGUAAUCAUACAAACCAACCUUAAUAUUGUUUCGUUCACAGUAUUGUCUUGCCAGAUUUCCAGCUAUUAUGUACUAUUUAAAACAUGAGCAACAGUGUUUAAUCAGAUAUAAAGAUAGGAGGCGAAGCCGAGUAUCUUUAGCCGAGUAUCUUUAGCCGAGUAUCUUUAGGUCUGAUAAAACACGCACUGCGAAUGUUUUAAAUUGCUUCAAAAACGAUCGAUCUAUAGUAAGUUCAUUGGCGAAUUAAUUUUUCAAAAAAUACGUUGUGUAAGUCUAGAAAAUCAAAGUUAAAGUUUAUGUAAAUCAAGGGAAAUAUCUAUCACUUAUAAAGAUACGACACGCUUAUGAUUUUUCCUUGUGUUUUCCUCAUGAAUUAUUAAUGCCUUUUUGAAAGUUAUAUAAGAAAAUUUUAUAGUUACAUUUUUGUCUUCUGGUUGCAAGUUCAUCAUAAGGACACUAAACUUUAUAAUAAAUAAAUCUUUAAAUAAAAUUUCAUUGCAGUGUCAUUUACGGGUGGAUUAUUGUUUGGUGUCGCUUCGUAUAGAAAAUCAUGUUUGGAGAAAAUUAUGCAGCUAGAAAAUUCUGUCUUAGCUGACCAAGUUCGUGAAUACUAUAGAAGGUGAUGUAUUUAUUCAAUAAUUUCAAUACUCUUUUAGCUUCUUUUCCUCGAGUCUGAUAGUGACUUUAAGUGGAGAUUUCGUAUAUUGUCAUAUUGCGCAUACGCGCUCAAAACCAAUGUACGGUACGAAAAGGCAAUUAUCCGGCACAACUGCAUGUUUUUUUGCCAGACAGUUUGUCCGGCAGCAUAUUAAUACAACUAUUGGUGAAACUGUGUACAACUGGCAUUAAAAAUUUCAUUAUAAAAAAUUAAUAUUUCAAAAUAUUUGCUUUUCGCAUUUCAAAAAUUAUGUGUGUGUCCUCGCGUGUGAAUAUUCAGACAAUAUGCCUGUGAAAAUGUUGUGAAAUUUAUAUAAUAGUUCGAUUCCGUAUGAUAUAAUUGACUAGUGGCUUAAUUGUUGUUACUAUGCUUUUUAUUGGCUUCUUUUAUUUCAAGGACCACGAAAAACUAUAUUUGCUUUAUUGCGUUGAUAUUUUUUUUGUCAAGCACAAAAUGUUCAGUGUCAGGCACCAAUAUUUGGUACCAGACACUUACUUUCAGGCUUAGGUGUAUGCACUCAGGUGAAGAUAUAUGUUUGUGAUGUUGUCUCUGAGUGUGUCAAACACCGGGCAAGCUGAAAAGUUUGCUUGACCACGGUGGGAGUCGAACCCGCGACCUUUGGUUUGCUAGUCCAGUGCUGUAUACCAACUGAGCUACGAGGUCAAGUCGGUUCGAGUGGGUGAUAUUUCGGAGCUCAGUCUAGUUCCUUCGAUAUCAGUGUGUUUUUACGAUCUUGAUUUUUUUGUUUCUGGUGUUCUACACUCAGGUGGGUCUACCACGAGCAAGCUGAAAAAUUUGCUUGUUCAUGACCACUGUCAGUGGUAAUCGAAACCGCGCGACCUUUGUUUUCUGUCGUGAAACAUGAUUUACAUGCCUAGCCGUGAUUGUCGGUAUUUUUUGUCCAGGGAACGAUAAUUUAUUUCAGGCCGGUAGGACAAAGACCGGACGAGCAGUGACAAGUGCAAACGUGAAAAAGAGCAAUGCUUUGGAUAUAGCGAAUCUACUGCAAAUAUACAUUUUCUUGAUGUUUACUAAAUAUAUUGGUUGGUUUAUUUGAGACACUUUCAAUGUCGAGCUUUCAGCUUUCAUCAGGGUGUCCAGGGGCCUUGAAAAUCCUGGAAGGUCCUUGUAUUGGAAAAAAAAAUCCAGGACUGGAAAGUCCUUGAAAAUCAGUAGAAGUCCUUGAAAGUCCUGGAAUUAAUUUCCUUAACUUCUAUCUGUGCCAACUUUAGUGAUUUUGAUUAGAAUUACUGAAUAAAGCGACUUAUUUGCUGGGCAAAUCCGUGCCAUUUUCAAAUAUUUUUGCCAGUUCUAGGUCGUUGAAUUUACUGGAAAAGUGCCUUGGAACUUGAAAGUCCUGGAAAAGUUCUUGAAUUUCACAUUCGUCAAAGGGUGGACACCCUGUUUCGUGGAAUGGUUAAGUUUUUGCAUGCGAAACGUGAAGUGGCAGUUUUUCUUCACGUGAACCGCGAUCCCAACCCUUUAUCACCCUCUCAAAACGCUGCGACGAUAAAUUUCACAUGUAUUUUCGUAGAUCUGGAAUAGAGUUCGUUAGUCCGCAAGGUAAAAGAAAAGAUACAGAAUUUGAUGGUAUGUUAAUGGAUGUUAUUUCAUAUGAACAUUGACUUAGGAGAAGUACUUAUCUUUAUGAUAUUGAGACAACUCUUACAAAAAUGGACAUGUCAUAUGAUUUUACGUGUCUUCUCACAUGUGAAAUGUAAAAUGUAAAUUGCACAUGUCAUAAUUUUCUCAUAAUUAUAGAUCAAGAUUUUUACAUCAAGGUGUCAUACCGAAUGAAUGGAAAGUCGCAAACAUCGUUUUUGUUUACAAAAACGAUGAGUGUACAAAAAUGAUUUGUGUACAAAAAUGAGAGAAAAUAUGGAAAAAUUCUCCAAUAAUAUCAACAUUUUAUGUGCGACCAUGAACAUUAUCGAAUUUAAUACCCCUCAUACUUAAUAGCGCUGUUGCUGUACCACUGGUACACUACUAUCAGUGGUAAAAUAUGACCUUGGUCAAAUUUUCUCACACAAAGUAUUUUAUUAGCACAAUAAUACUAACACCAUUUGUACAUCGAAAUUAUAAUGUUCAUUUAAUUGUUCACACAUUUUAUUAAUUUAUUUACCUUUACAUUUUUAAGAAAGUGGAGCAACUGCGUAUAAUUCUACGGACGACCACGAAGUUGAAUUGAGCAAAGAAAACGUUCCAAAUUUAUCAAGGUAA